AGCCUGAAGAUAUCUGAGGCCAUCCAUGAGGUGUACAUGGAAGUCAAUGAAGAGGGCACUGAAAUAGCAAGCUCAGUGGAGGUGAUGGGAGACAUCAAACAUUCCCCUGAGUUUGCAGAGUUUAGGGCUGACCAUCCUUUCCUCUUCUUGAUCAAACACAAUCCAACCAACAGCAUCCUCUUCUUUGGUAGAUAUUGUUCCCCCUAA